AUGGAGAAUGGAUUUCUAGAUGACCAGAAUUUCUAUUCUAGGCCACCUUUUCCCCAGUCCGAAGCUCAGUCCCCAGCGCAAUCCCAAUCCCAGUACUCGUCGGAUGUGAGUUCACAACACCGGCAAAUACCUUCUUCCACCUACGAAUCUCCUCACCUUUCUCAAGUAUCCGAUUUCGACCCGGCACCUCCUCACCCUCCUAAACUACCUCUCCUUGACACUACGAACGUACAAGCAAUAAAAUCGAAUGGGUACAUGAACAACUUGGAUGAUGGUGGAGAGCCAGAUGAUUUCUACAGAGAUUAUCAGCCAUACCAACAAACAAACAGCCCUUCGAACCAAUUAAUGGACAUGGCUGCUACAGCAUCAGAUGUUAGAGUUAGAUCAACCUCUUCUUCAGUGCGAUCAAAUAAUACCAGCAACCUACCAAAACAAACUCCUUCUACCUCUAGAACCUCAACGCGACCACCCUUCGGCUCGCCUGUUGAAAGCAAUCAAAAGCAAUCAACAAGGCCACUGGUCAAUGGAUAUGGAAAGGCACCACAGCAACCAAGCGUGAAGGAUCUUUUAAAGCGCUUUGAUCAGAAUAAUGAUCAAUCCCUCCCCAUGCCGCGGAAGCCUGUGGUACGAACAAAAGAUGGUACCGGCAUCAAUUCUGGAUCUAUGAGAGAUCGACCCAAUACAUAUACUUCCCGCGUAGCCAGUAACCCAGGACCUACAACUACCAGUUCAUCGUUAAGGGCAGGCAAUACCACGAGAGAUCCUGGAAUAGCCAGAGUUAAAUCGCCUCCAUCUGGCACCAGAACAAUGCAACGGCCGAGGUUUGCACCUGAGGACCAACAUUUAAAUCAUGCACCCUCGGGCUCCCCUCGCAGCAUUCGUGCGAGGAAUACACCAAGUCUCAAAGCCAGUCCAACUUCGAAGUCGAUGAAUAAUCUUUCGCCAGCACCUCAAUCUCAACUGCCACCUCCGGUACCUGAGAAGCGUCCCCUGUUUGGCGAGAUUUUGACUCUUAACCAGGGUGCAUUCGAAGCUGGUUAUGGCAUAUCAAUAGCGACGCGAAGGACAUCUGAAUCAGGUUUACCUCCCAUUAUCUCGACGCAACAACGCAGCCUCACAGAUGUUGAUAUAUCUCCAACUUCGCCAACGGCGUGGUAUCUAGGAGUAGCCACAUCACUUGGUGAUGUAGAACCAGACAAGCCGCGAAGAUCAGGCCACAACCGUGCUCAUAGUGAUUUUGCAGACACCAAAGUAAAUACUAUGCAAAAUAUCAACCGCUCUUCAUUUCUACUGCCAGAAUCCCCCAUCGAUGCCAAGGAGUCGGGUCCAACCUUUCUGCUGAAUUCUCUGCCAAAUGUAGAAGAUCAGACUGAACCCAAAAUUCAGCCAACCAAGCUUUCGUCUCGACUUCCUGUUGCACUUAAACGUUUGAGCAGUCAAUCGGAAACAUCAAGUUCGCCCUCAACGCGUGCUAGUUCUCCUCUGGCUGGCAAACGCACAGCCAAUGGUAAACUUCCACGAGACAAUCGACCAUGGAGUCCUGCGGGUCGCUCAAUAACACCAGCAAAUCGUUCUAUCACAUUGAACAAUCGUGGCAAGUCGGGUAGUCCGGAAAAACCUUCGAGCAAUGGUAGUUUGAAGGCUUAUAUUUCUGCACCACCCGCAAAGAAUUCCCCGCCCUUACGAAGUUCACGUCCUCGGCAAACAGUUUCCGCAGCAUCGACCGCUAGCUCAAGACAGAAGACAGUUGAUGGAUCAGCUUCGCCGAAUGACCCAAGAGCUCGGACGAAAGUGACUAGAACUGGUAGAACCCCUGAGACGAAAGGACGUAAAGCGAUGAACACCGAGCCUGUUAAUUAUGCAGCACGACGAGCACAAAUCACACGAGCAUAUACAAAGUCGAUCCAUGAGUCUGAGCAGCAGAAAGUUCGAGCAGCCAACACGCGCCGUGUCAUUGAAAACAGCACCCAAGCUACAAAUGGCGAGGAAAGCUCCAAGAAUGAACAGACGAAUGCCUCUACAAACCCUGAUCAGAUACCAGAUAUGCCAUCAAUAGGGCCCGAACCUCUACAGAUCAUGACAAACUUCGAACCACAAACUCUAAAGCCACCAGUCGAGCGUCAAAUAGAGAUAGAUCAAGAUUCGCCAACUUUGGGUGUCACUAAUGGUAUGCCUGGAGCAUUUAUUAACGAGGAUGUGCCAAUGUCCGCAAUGUCUAAUGUUUCCGCCACUACUUUUAUUGAAAAUGAAGCGCAGACAGAAGCCGCUCGCCUGGCUCGUAUUCCAUCCAUGGAGCCUUCUGAUUCCGUUGCAGUGCUUUCUCAAGUUCUCGAAGCACAUGAGUUUAAUUCUGAUGACCAGGCAGGAACUAAUGCACACUCUUUGGGAAUGUCAAUAACAAUUAUUCCAAAAGAAACCACUAUGACUGAGGAUACCCUUGGAAUACUGCCAGAAGAGUCUAUUGGUCAUGAUCUGACACUAGAAGCAAUCUCUGGAGAUCUGUCAAAUGCUAACGCCUACGAUGAGUUGGCCAUAGUAUCAGUUGAAGAACCUCCAAGCCCGAAGACUUUGGUAUCAAAAACUGUUAAUUUAGAUUCCAUUGAUCGUAUCAAUAUCGAAACAGCCCCUCCUGCAAGCAUCAACUAUGACACUGCUCAGCCCACUGGUCUGGGGUUAUACAAUGAAAGUGCUCAACAGCUGCUGGAUAUUCCCAUCAAAAUCGAAGAAGAGCCGGAUGAGUCCCGUCUACACCUAGAGCCACGUGCAUAUUCCCGGGAAGCCCUCCGACUUGGUUUGCCGGCAUUUCGUACCGCCCUUGCCGAGUCCUUGUCACCACCAGAGGAUGAUAGACAAGCGGAAAUAUAUACUCCCAUGGAAAUGGACUACGAAAGCUCCGAGGAUAUUGGUGCGGGAAACACCGGGAACACGAGCGAGCAAGAAGAUUUAUACGGACCCUCUUAUGACCAGAACCGCGAGCUAUAUCUCACAUCCGAUGCCUACCGCCGUGAAAGCCGCCAUUCUGCUUGGACCGAUUUCUCAGUUGCCACGACGGAUGAUCCAGUCUCACAAGAGGAGAAUCAGAAGUGGAUAAACACGAAGACACUACCUCUUGAACCGGAAAAGGGACCUACACCCCCUCCGAAGUUACCUCCCUCUCCUGUCCCACUUAUGCUAGCCGAGGAUGCAGACUUCGCGAACUCUUCUGAGCGGGAGCUGCCUCCAUUGACAUCCCACAAUGGGUUUGGUCUUGGUUUUGAUCCGGACAUCAUAUAUAGCGUCCCAACCGCCCCAGUAUGGACCAGUCUCACACCUCCACCGGCCACAGGACAUACUUCUCGGAAGGAGGAUGCGAUUGCUAAAUUAGGUCCUCCUACGCGUACACCCCCUCCUCCUACUCCUUAUGAUAGUCGACCAGAAUCAAGCGUCUAUCAACCAAGCUACCAUACAGCUAGCCAAAAUACCGAAUCCAGGCGCCCUAGCGAUGACUUAUAUUCGCCGCGGCCUUCCCUUUCGACGCCUUCCCUUUCCACACCUAGGUCAAGCAUGCAAAUAUCUCAGGAGGAUAUAUCUCUAGGCUAUAGCUACCCCACUCCUAAAAUUCCUCAGCUGCCUCUUACGGAGGAAGAGCAAGCAGUCGCUAAGAAGAGAAGCACUCGUUUGUUUACUCGACGAAAGAUCAUCGAGGAAAUAAUUGAUACAGAGGCCGCUUAUCUCAAAGACAUGAAUGUCGUCGAGGAAAUUUAUAAAGGCACUGCAGAAGCAUGUCCGAAAUUGGAUUUUGGCGAUAUCAAGACCAUCUUCAGGAAUACCGAUGAGAUUAUAGUAUUUUCAACAACGCUGCUGGAUGACCUGAAGAAAGCUGGGGCGGCUGUCUAUACAUCCAAGGCCCGUGCCAGACAAAGUCGAACUACUAGCUCUACAUCAGCAACGACUACCACAGCAAACACUCCUGCAUCUCUGAGUCCCAAUGAUAAUUGCUCAGAUCCUCCGGAAUUCAACGAUUUCAACGAAGAAAAGGAUCGAAAGACCUUUGUUGGCUACACUUUUGGGCAGCAUCUCAGGAAGAUGCAAGAGGUCUACACUGAAUAUUUAAAGAACAGCGAGUUGGCAGCCGAUCGCUUGAGAAUAUUGUCAGCGGAUCCUGCAGUCGACGUGUGGCUUAUUGAAUGUAACAAUGUUGCAAAGGAUUUGACGGCUGCUUGGGAUCUUGAUGCUCUACUGGUUAAGCCAGUCCAACGAAUCACUCGAUACCAGUUACUACUCGAUAAUCUCGUAAAAUAUACAGCUGAAGAUCACCCAGAUUUCAAUGCUCUUACGAUUGCAAUUCAAGAAUUGUUGAAUUUAUUGAAGAACAUCGACAAGCUCAAGGAACGUAUCCAAGUCGUUGGGAAGAUCGUUGGUCGAAAACGCAAAGAAUCAGAGGUCCGCCUCGGACUAGCGAAGGCAUUUGGACGGCGAUCGGAGAAGUCAACUUCUAAUGUGGUUCGCCCCCAUGAUGAUGAACUAUUUAUCAAGUUGCAUGAGAAAUUCGGUCACGAUUACCUACGACUGCAAGUAGUAAUGCGUGACGUUGAAUACUACACUCGACAAGUUGCUACUUGGGUCAACGACUUUCUCAGAUUUCUUUCUGCUAUGGAACUUAUCAUGCGACACAGUCCAUCCUCAUAUCCAGAAAUGGAAGCUCGAUGGUCUCAAUUCAAUCAAUCCAUGAGAGAUAUGGGAAGCGUUGCUCUGGAGAAUCAUGUGGGUGAUAUCCGAAAGCAAGUCAUUGACCCAAUUGAGACCGUGAUUCGAUUGUAUACAGGGCCUACUGAGUUCAUGAAAAAACGUGCAAAGCGGCGCGUAGAUUAUGAAAAGUGGAUGGCUGCCAAGGCCAGUGGCAAGAAGGCCGACGAAAAGCUCCAAGUGUUAGCCAAAGAAUACGACGCUUUGAAUGAAACUUUAAAGAUGGACUUGCCUCGGCUCUCGUUCUUGACUGCGCAGGUAGGUCAAAAGGUUCUUGCUAGCCUUGUCUCGAGUCAAACCGCAUGGUAUUAUAUAUGGCAAGAGAAGGUCAAGACUGUGUUGGAUGCGAACCAAAUGCCGAUGAACGAACAUGAUAUAAUACAAUCAUUUGACCGGGACUACAAGUAUGUUCUCGCGCAAACCCAAGAACUUCGUCUCAUCAAUGGCACACUCGAGGUCGACUGCUUUUUGGACAGACUAGAUUCAACCCCUCUCGCCAGUAUGAAGGACAACGAUUCGGUGAAGGCCAAAGGCAGACUGUCUGAAUCGUCUGCUCGACCACGAGGGUUGUCCUUGGCAGCCCCACAUGAUACGUCUCCAAGUCUACCAACGCCUGAUUUUGCGAAGCGACAUAGUGGACAAUUCUCCUUUUCGCCGAUUCUGGCAAGUGGACCUGGUCUUCCGGCGCAUGCUCCUUAUCAACCGGCCGCUUACUCUAAUGGGCAUUCGCGUCCUGGUUCGGGCUCUCCUGCAACACCCGAUGCCAGCGCUUCUCGAUUCUAUGGCUCUACAAGACCAUCAACAUCACGCAGUAUCGCUUCGGAGAAUGGUGGUGGAAUUCCGAGAAUCAGUACAGACCUUGGACAUCGUAGGGAAUCAAGCUCUACUCAAGCAUCUGCAUCGUAUAUGGUGGACGGCCCUCUUCGCGACCAGCGACCUUUCUCUGGCAUAUUUCAUUCGGCAAUGCCAUUGCCCGAUGGACCCGAGGAUAGCGCUCGGUCUUCAAGAGCCUCUUCAAUGGAUCGUGCCCAUGGGAGUCGGUACAAUGUCAUCUACCUAGCAGCAAGCUUGUUCGAGUUUAACAUUGAGGCAACUAAGACCGAAGCAGGUUACCCCUAUCUGACCUAUUCAGCCGGUGAAAUCUUUGAUGUCAUCGGAGAGAAGGGCGAACUCUGGUUGGCUAAGAACCAAGAUGAUGACUCUGAUCAAGUUGGCUGGAUCUGGAGUAAGCACUUCGCUCGUCUUGCCACGGAUUAA